CUCCACUAUGGAUAGAGCCUCUACGGAGCCAGAAGCUGCCUGCCUGCCACAGACCCAGCUGACAUGGGGACAGUGGGAGCUACGCAGUGUUGGUGCUGGGUGAUCCUCGGCUUCCUCCUACUCCAAGGCCACAACUCCCAGCCUUCCACAACGCAGCCCUCUAGUCCUCAGGGGUACUUCAGCAGUCUAAGUCUGACCAUAAAGCCAACCUCUCUAAGUGAGUAUGAUAGGCCUUCCUCAGAGACUAACAGCCCAAGCCUUCCCUCCAGCACAAGUACCCCAGCAGAUUCAAAAGAGGCCUCACAAGCCUCCAUCGUAGCCGGUAAACCCGUGACGCCAAGGUCAAGCUCCGUGGACGGUCACUCCCCGUCCUUGAUGGGCCUGACCCCAUCACAGACACAGAAGCUCACAUCAGGACUUGAUACAAGUGUCCCAAGCAGUGGCAGCAGCAGUGGCAGCACAAGUGGAGACAUCUCUCAAAAUGUUACUCCCAAAUCAGCUACUAUGAGCCUGAGGACAACACAAGACUCAACCAUCCUGCCCAGCCCCACGUCAGAGACCGUGCUUACUGUGGCUGCAUUUGGUGUUAUCAGCUUCAUUGUCAUCCUGGUGGUUGUGGUGAUCGUCCUAGUCGGUGUAGUCAGUCUAAGGUUUAAGUGUCGGAAGAACAAGGAGUCUGAAGAUCCCCAGAAACCUGGGACUUCAGGGCUAACUGAAAGCUGCUCCACAGCCAAUGGUGAGAAAGACAGCAUCACUCUCAUCUCCAUGAAGAAUAUCAACAUGAAUAACAGCAAAGGACGCACCUCAGCAGAGAAGGUUCUUUAAAAGCAACUUUGGGAUCCCCAUGGGUCCGAGGAUGAUGCAGCUGCCCUGUGACUGUAAGGAGGAAGGUGAUGGGAUUGAUAGAGGCAAUGAACCACAUAUAAAUUAUUUUGUUUCACACCUACUCCCAGAUCUAAAGGACACACAUUCCUCCAGAUCUGGGAGCAAGCUACCAACAUGAGAGACUCUUUCCCAAAUGCACAGCCAUUCUAGAAACACAGCUUGCUCCUCCCACCUUCUCAAAGAGACAGGAAGGAGGAGUCUACAGAACAACAGCAAGGAAAAUGACAAAGUGGAUUGGUCCUUUCUACUUUGUAUUAAAAUUAUGUUCUGGCCUGCAGUCUAAUUUCUUU